CAUCCAAACACGUGGAUCCAUAUCUUCCGGUUAGAUGAGUUAUAUUAAUAUUCUUCUGACCGAAUUAGAUACGAUACUAUCUAGAUUCUAUAGAACAAGUUAUCCUAACCCAGGAAGAAAGUACCCUUGCUGUUAUACUAGUUCAAUCAUGUUUAUAAACAUUAAACUUUAAUUACCGUAAUAAUGUCACGAUUAAUUGUAAAAAAUCUCCCUAAACGGGUUAAAGAAAGUAAAUUGCGUCAACUAUUUGGUGCUCAUGGAACUCUAACAGACUGUACACUUAAAUAUACUAGAGAAGGAUUAUUUAGACGAUUUGCUUUUAUUGGCUAUAAAACAGAAGCAGAAGCUCAGGCAGCACAACGUUUUUUAGACAGAAGUUUUUUAAAUACCGAUCAGAUUGAGGUUAGCAUAGCAACAACAGUGAAUGAUGAAGAAAAGCCCAGAGCGUGGAGUAAAUAUUCACAAGACAGUUCAGCUUUCCAGCGUAUCGAAAGAAAUGAUCCAGCUUAUAUUGAAAAGGCUAAGAAGGAAUAUGAUGAAUUGAAGAAAAAAGAACGUGCUGGAAGAAUAAAUGAUCUAUUGGGUGACCUCAAAGAUGAUGAGGGUUUUCAAGAAUUUCUCAAAGUGCAUGACAAUGCUGACAAAAGACCUAUCUGGACAAAUGACACCAUUGAAGCUGGAACAAAGUCAAAGCCACUAAGAAAGGAUAAAGAAGAAGUAAAGCUUGAUAAAACAAAAGAUGUCUCAGAUGUAGAAGAAGAUGAGGAACAAACUAAAUCUCCUCAAAAAAAGAAAAAGGACAAAUCCUUAAAAAAAGAAAAAAAUAAACUGUCAAAAGCUAAAAUAUCAGAUAUGGACUACCUUAAAGCAAAGAUGUCCAAGUCUGAUUUAAGUGAUGAUGAGGAGGAGGACAAGAUCAAUGAAGAACAUGUGGAAGAAGAUGAAAAUCAGACAGGAAGGGAGAACAUGGACACAAGAGAUGCUCCAUCAAAUACACAAGAAAAAAGAUACACAGUUCUAGUCAAAGGUCUUAAAGGAGCUUGUGGUGCCAAUACUAUUAUCCAGUUCUUCAAACCGCUUAAAGUUGGCAAAAUAGACAUUAAAAAAAGUGAAAAUGGUGUGAACAUUGGUUUUGCGUAUGUUGAUUUUUUUACUUUGAAAGACAUGGAGCAAGCACAGAAAAGGAGUAAAAAUUUCAUCAAUGGCAAAAAAGUAAUCAUAAAGAAAGUGGGAGAAAAAAUGGUGGACGUGGAAGUGAAAAAACCUCGGCCAUGGGAAAUAAAGAAUUUUAAAACAACAGAAGAUGAAGAAGGAAUAGCAGAGAGUGGUCGAUUGUUUGUAAGAAAUCUAGCCUAUUCUUGUACUGAAGAAGAAGUGGAGGAGGUGUUUAAGCCUUUUGGUCCGUUAGCUGAAGUGAGUUUACAAGUGGACAGAUUAAUGAAUAAACCAAAAGGCUUUGCCUUAGUUACAUAUAUGAUGCCUGAGCAUGCAGUAGCUGCUUACAGUAAAUUAGAUGGAAGUAUCUUUCAGGGACGCAUGUUACACAUUAUACCUGGUAAAGAGAAAAAAGAGUUUGAAGAUGCAGAUGGACUCACCUAUAAGAAGAAGAAGGAGCUGGAGAAAAAGAAGCUUGCUAAAAGUUCCCAUAAUUGGAAUUCUUUAUUCCUUGGUGCCAAUGCUGUAGCUGAUGUAAUGGCAGAGAAAUAUGGAACCAGUAAAGGUAAUAUUUUAGAUGUUGAAGGUAAAGCCAGUCUUGGUGUAAGAAUGGCUUUAGGUGAAACCCAAAUCGUUGCAGAAACACGUGAAUUUUUAAUAGAAAAUGGUGUUAGUUUGGAUAGUUUUAGUCAAGCUAAUGCACCAAGAAGUAAAACUGUUUUAUUAGCUAAAAAUUUACCAGCAGGUACAAAAAUUGAUGAACUAAAAACAUUAUUUGUUAAGUUUGGUAAUAUUGGACGUUUGUUACUACCUCCUAGUUGUGUUACAGCUUUAAUAGAAUUCUUGGAGCCUAAUGAUGCCAGAGCUGCUUUUACUCGAUUAGCUUAUUCAAAGUUUCAUCACUUACCGCUAUAUUUGGAAUGGGCGCCAGUGGAAGUGUUUAAACCCUCUCCUUCACCCAUCAAAGAAAGUAACAUAGAAACUGCACCAAGCGGUAACAAGGCAGAUGAAUCGGCACAAAGCAGUAGCAAGAAAGAUGAAGCAGUUGAGGACUCUGAAAACGAAGCAGAAGAAGGUGCAACACUCUUUAUAAAAAAUGUGAAUUUUGAAACUACAGAUAGUGACUUUUCUGCUGUGUUUGAAAAAUGUGGUAAAGUUGUUAAAGCCAACAUUGCCAAAAAAAUGGAUGUAAAAAAUCCAGGUAAACAGUUGUCCAUGGGAUUCGGUUUUGUACAAUUCCAGCAGAAAUCUUCCCUAGAGAAAGCUCUGAAAGAAUUGCAGAAUGUGGAAUUGGACGGUCAUAAAUUAGAAUUAAAAAGAUCCAAUCGAGCCACACAGAAUUCCAAUAUCAAAGACAGAAAAAUACAAAAGGAUAAAAAAGCCACAACAAAAAUCCUUGUGAGAAAUAUCCCAUUUGAAGCAAAGGUUCAUGAACUAUCAGAAUUAUUUAAAGUGUUUGGGGAGAUUAAAUUUGUGCGUCUGCCCAAAAAACUAAGUGGAACUGGAACACAUAGAGGUUUCGGUUUUGUAGAUUUUCUGAGUAAAGAGGAUGCUAAGAGAGCUUUUAAUGCCCUGUGUCACAGUACUCAUUUAUACGGUCGUCGUCUGGUGUUAGAGUGGGCUGACACAGAAGAGAAUAUUGAUGACUUGCGGCGCAAAGUUGCAGAACAAUAUUAUGAUGAACCUGUGGCCAAAAAACUGAAAAAAUCUACAUUUAUUGAAAAAUUAGAACGAACUGGUUAAAUAGUGCAAGUAACCAUUAUGUUUUCCUUCAAUUUAUCUUUAGCCUAUUUAUCAAAUUGUGAAAAGUACUGUGACUGCUUGAGGAAUUUGAAUUAAUUGUUAUUUAAGAUUAGUCUACCGUAUACACUUCCAGGACAAUUAAUGAAAUAAACAUUGCUAAUCUUAAAUAUAAUGUAAAUUUGAAUGCACAUGUAUAUUCAUGUGAAUAAAUCAAAUAAAAAUCCAA